GCUGCCGCCGCCCCCUGCUCCACCGAGGGACGCGAGCGGGCGGCGGGGCGGGCCGGGCCGGGACACAGGACAGGAGGCGGCCGGGGGCGGAGCCACUUUCGUCGGCGCCCGCCCCGGCCGCGGCCCCGGGCCUCCCCCGCGCCGCCCUGCCUGGCCCGGCCCGCCCAGCCCCGGUGUGGCAGCGGCUCAUGGCGGCGGUGGGGCCCCCGCAGCAGCAGGUGCGGAUGGCCCAGCAGCAGGUCUGGGCGGCGCUCGAAGUGGCGCUCCGGGUGCCCUGCCUCUACAUCAUCGACGCCAUCUUCAACUCCUACUACGAUUCCAGCCAAAGCCGGUUCUGCAUCGGGCUUCAGAUCUUUCUCCGGCUCCUUGGUAAGGACGGCGUAGGGCUAGCCCGCUGGCCGAGGCGUGCCCUCUCCCAGGCCGACGGGAACGGCAGGGCACUGGUGGCACGCGGCUUGGGGAACCACGGUCUGGUUCCCCAGAGGGCCUUUUGGCGGGGGUGCGGGGACCCGUGGUACUCGUGCCAGCGUUGACAGCUGAGUGGUGCUGGCGGGUCUGUGCCCUGCUCGGUUGGCACCUGGAUGGGCGAGGAGAAAGCACGGCUGUGUGAGCAUGCGGCUGUCUGUCUGCUGUUUCUCUUGGGGAAUGACUGCUGGCUUCCAGCGUCCUAUGCGACAGCCCUGGAAAAACAGCUCUCCGGGUCUCGCCGUGUGUGACCUUGGACUUGAGCCAGAGCUUGAGCCCCCUGUCUACCCAUUUCACAGUGCAGAAUACGUUGUCACUUCUGUGUCUUGGAGUCCACCGGAUCGUGAAGUACUUGAGGUAUAGUUGUAUCCAGUAUUGUUCUGAUCUUGUCACAGCGAUCACUUUUCAAGUUUUACAUGUACAGCUCAGCCUUUCUAUUAGCUGCAACUUCAGUGUUGGUGAAUUACUAUGCUGCUUUGCACAUUGACUUCUAUGGUGCCUACAACACGUCAGCGUUUGGAAUCGAGUUGCUUCCUCGGAAAGGGCCCUCACUGUGGAUGGCACUCAUCGUUCUGCAGCUAACCUUUGGAAUUGGAUAUGUCACAUUACUGCAGAUUCAGUCCAUCUAUUCACAGUUAAUGAUUUUAAAUAUCUUGGUUCCUAUAAUUGGCUUAAUCACAGAGCUGCCAUUACACAUCAGAGAGACAGUAGUGCUCAUGUCGUCCUUGAUUCUCAUAUUUAACACAGUGCUUGUCUUGGCAGUGAAACUUAAGUGGUUUUACUACUCUACUCGGUAUGUGUACUUGUUAGUGAGGCAUAUGUACCGAAUUUAUGGAUUACAGUUACUGAUGGAGGACACAUGGAAGAGGAUUCGUUUCCCAGACAUACUUCGGGUCUUCUGGCUAACAAGAAUUACAGCUCAGGCUACAGUGUUAAUGUACAUUUUAAGGAUGGCAAAUGAAACUGAGUCCUUCUUUAUUUCUUGGGAUGAUUUCUGGGACGUCAUUUGCAAUCUAAUAAUUAGUGGGUGUGAUUCUACACUAACUGUACUAGGCAUGAGUGCUGUAAUUUCUUCAAUAGCCCAUUAUUUGGGCCUUGGAAUAUUGGCCUUUAUUGGAUCAACUGAAGAAGAUGACAGGCGGCUUGGCUUUGUAGCUCCUGUUUUAUUUUUCAUUUUGGCUCUUCAGACUGGUUUAAGUGGGCUAAGACCUGAAGAGAGACUUAUUCGCUUAAGUAGAAACAUGUGCCUUUUAUUAACUGCAGUCCUGCAUUUCAUCCAUGGGAUGACAGACCCUGUAUUAAUGUCGCUCAGUGCCUCCCAUGUGUCAUCUUUCCAUAGACACUUUCCUGUGCUGUUUGUCUCUGCUUGCCUGUUCAUUCUCCCUGUCUUACUCAGUUAUGUCCUUUGGCAUCACUAUGCACUAAAUACAUGGCUGUUUGCAGUUACAGCCUUUUGUGUGGAACUCUGCUUGAAGGUAAUCGUCUCCCUCACUGUCUACACGCUGUUCAUGAUUGAUGGCUACUAUAACGUCCUCUGGGAAAAGCUUGAUGACUAUGUCUACUUUGUUCGCUCCACGGGCAAUAUUAUCGAAUUUAUAUUUGGAGUAGUAAUGUUUGGGAAUGGGGCCUAUACCAUGAUGUUUGAGUCAGGAAGUAAAAUUCGGGCUUGUAUGAUGUGCCUACAUGCAUAUUUUAACAUCUACUUACAAGUAAAAAAUGGCUGGAAGACAUUCAUGAAUCGUAGAACUGCUGUUAAGAAAAUUAAUUCACUUCCUGAGAUAAAAGGGAGCCACUUGCAAGAAAUAGAUGAUGUCUGUGCAAUCUGCUAUCAUGAGUUCACAACAUCUGCUCGUAUAACACCGUGUAACCAUUAUUUCCAUGCACUCUGCCUUCGGAAAUGGCUGUACAUUCAAGAUACUUGUCCAAUGUGCCAUCAGAAAGUGUACAUCGAAGAUGAGAUCAAGGAUAACUCAAAUGCAUCUAACAACAACGGAUUUAUUGCACCCAAUGAAAAUCCAAACCCAGAGGAGGCUUUAAGAGAGGAUGCUGCUGGAUCUGACCGAGAACUGAACGAGGAUGACAGUACAGACUGUGAUGAUGAUGCUCAAAGAGAAAGAAACGGGGGGAUUCAGCACACAGGCGCAGCAGCAGCAGCCGCAGAAUUUAAUGAUGACACUGAUUAAAGUAGCAUUUACUAAUCAUUGAGGUAUUUGUUUAAAAUUCAGUUCAUCCAAAAUGGAGUAAUAUGCUUCACGUCAGUGUGUAACCAAGCACAAAAACAGUAUGGAUGUUGAAACUGUGAAUGCUUUCCGUUUACUGUGAUGUGCUACUGUAAAUAUACCUCUUUAAUUACUUCUGGUCUCUUUGGUGACCUGUUUAAAUUUGUGUACAUUAUUGUACAUAGAAUAAAAGUUUUCACGUUUUUAUGACAAAAUUUGAACAAAUAGCUUCUUAAUAGAGAUAAUGAUCAUAUGGUGCGUCAAUUGUGCCAAAGAUUCCUCCAUGAAAUUGGAAUAUAUCUAAUGCUGGACUCUAGCUUUUCCUUAAAAUGAGUGGGAAAAUGAAAAUGCAGAAUAAAGGAACUUUAGUAUAAGAGACGAGAAGAAAAAUAAUCUUGAGUAGAAAGGCUAUAAAAUGUCUUCUAAAACUAAGGCAAGAUAACCUGCUAGAAGCAACUAAAAAACUUGAAACCUGAGCUGCAGCUUAGAGCUAGGUUCAAAAGUCAAAAAACAGGGACAGAAUUGAGAAAUAGGCUUGUUAUCAACUAAACUUUGAUAUAAUCCAGGAUGUGCUGUCUAAGUCUUAGUAGAAGCAUCACUGUGUUUGCAGUGAGAGCAUAAAACUGUCCUUUCAGACUUCUGAUGAGAUUACACAAUAAAAAGGUGGACAUUGUUAACUAAAGCAGCCUAAACAGUGCUGACCUGACUCUUCGAGGUGUAAUGUACAGUGCUACUGGAAAAAAUUCCUCAAUAAAGUUCACAGUUUUACAAUGAAAUUCCACAUCAUAAAAAGGAAACACAAAUCAGGAAAAAAACACUUUAAUGGUGUUGUUAUAGAGCGUGUUGGCCAAUUCCAGUGGGUCUUCUUCUCUGACUGCUGACAUUAUCUCCAAUAUUUGACUAAAACAAAAAACAAGGGAUCAACUUACUCAGAAUAUAUUGUUAGAGGUAUGUAAUCACCUUUUUCUAUGUAAACAUGAGAAGAUCUUACACUAGCACCUCUUCUAAGGAAGUUUAUGAGUUACUAAAGUUGUCAGUAAUGUCUGUAGGAAAGCAUCACCAAUUACUGUCAACUAGAAGACUCUGGAGCUAACUGGAAUAUAAAGUUACAGGGUCACGUAAGGGCACCACUAAUGGAAUUAUCCUAUAGGGGAGGCGUCCUUUAAAACUCUAGGUCCUAGCACUUUUGUUCCCGGAUCAUGAGCAUCUUAAAAGUAAAAUGAAGUCUGCACAGUAAAACAGGCUAAGUAGGCACCUUCCUACUUUGGAUUUAGUUUUUUUUUUUAUAUUUGUUUUACUAUUACUAGUAUAACUAUUUUAUAUUUAUAAAUAAAAUAUAUAUGCGUAUGUAUAUAUAUAUUUAUAUGUAAUAUGAAUAAAAUGGUAUUGAAGAGAAUAGGGCCAAAAAUUUGAAAGGCACUGCUUAUUCAUAUAGUCUCUAACAGGCAGCAAGGAAUGUUUGUGUGCAUGCUAAAUCCUUGACAAGUGGACUGGAGAGAUGGCUCAGCAGUUAAGAGCACUGACUGGUAUUCCAGAGGUCCUGAGUUCAAAUCCCAGCAACCACAUGGUGGUUCACAACCAUCUGUAAUGAGAUCUCUUGCACUCUGCUGGGUGUCUUAAAACAGCUACAGUGUACUCACAUGCAUUAAAUAAAACAAACAAAUAUGACAGGUUAGGUGUGGCUGUGGGAGGGGCUCUAGGCUUGUACUUAGAGCAGAGAGAAGAGCUCAGAGACUCAUUUCUUUGCUCAAAAUGAGCAGUGGGUUCCUAGUAAUACUAUCUGUUUUUAUAUAUGCAUUAGGUUAUAUACAGGUUGUAGUUCGAAUUAAACCUUUAAAUAUUCCUGGUCACGAGCUUUUUCUCCCAUUCUGAGGACCCUAAGUGUGAACACUCAAAAGAACUAGGAAUGAGGAUUUACAGUUAGCUGGACCUUUACAGGUUGUGGUCAGCGUGACACAGACAUUCACAUGCAGUCUGUGCAGUGAACUCAGACUGCAUCUGUAAGUAGUGCUGCUGCUGGCGGACGGUGGCCAAGGGCACGGCUGCUCUGCUGAGACUUGGGCAGCAGAGCCAUUUACUGCUCAUGUUUGUUAACGUCACCGGUGCUUGGUAAAGCACUGUUUAGUAAGCCAGUAAGCCAGCAACCUGAACAGUACCUUUUUAUUCAGUGCAUUUUUCUGUACUUUGAGGAAUAAAGCUGCAGUUAUUUUUAAGAA